UUUGAUGGAUGACUUGGAUUGACUAGUGCUGACUCUUAGUCUUGGCGGCUAGAUAGAUAACACAGCAUUGAGUACAGUAUUUAAUAGGCUUCCUUAGACGUGCUCGUCAUCAUCACAUACGUAUUGGUGGUUGAGACGUUUCACCAACGUUUCACAGUUAUGGUUUAUAAACUUUUCCCUAUCACCGAACCGGACGUGGAGAAAUACAAAGCACUCCGCUUGACCUCCCUCAAAAUCGAUCCUGCCUCAUUCAGCUCCACAUACGAACGCGAGAUUGCGUUCACGCCUGAAAUCUGGGCACAACGGCUUGCAUCACGCUUCAAGCGCACGUUUAUCGCGUCCGUGAAGGAUGAAGGGGGCAUCAGUGAAACAUGGGUCGGAAUGAUCUCGGUACUCGGGCCUUCAGAACUAAUACCUGCCACGUUGGAACCACUCGAGAGGGCAGGAGUAGGGGCAGACUGGGAUAUGUAUUUCGUAGCCGGGCUGUGGGUGCACCCGGAGCACAGGGGAAGAAGUCUAGGGACACGUCUGAUGAAAGAAGGGCUGGAAUGGGUACGGAUAAAUAUGGAUCCGAAAAGUGAUUCAGAGGGGAAGAGAGAUAGAAUGAUCUUAUUACUGGUCGGGAAUGAUAAUGCGAGCGGCGGCGCCCUUCAUCAAAAGUUGGGCUUCACAAACUUGACGAGCAUGCCCCCAGGGGAAGGAAAUAGUUACAUGAGUCUGAAGGUUGCAUGA